CAGAGACUGCGGACACACUACAGGGAUGCCCAGAGACUGCGGACAGUACAGGAGAUGACCAGAGACUGCGGACAGUACAGGAGAUGACCAGAGACUGCGGACACAGUACAGGAGAUGACCAGAGACUGCGGACAGUACAGGAGAUGACCAGAGACUGCGGACACAGUACAGGAGAUGACCAGAGACUGCGGACACAGUACAGGGAUGACCAGAGACUGCAGACACAGUACAGGGAUGACCAGAGACUGCGGACAUACAGAGAUGACCAGAGACUGCGGACACAGUACAGGAGAUGACCAGAGACUGCG